AUGUGCGGAAUUGCCCGACCCAGCACCGGCCACCGUAUCGCCGUGAUGUUCCCCACCGCCAACACAAAAUCCAUGAGUCCGUAUUCCUUAUUCUUCCGGGAAAUGGACGCCGGGACGAAAGCUGUCUUUCGUAUUGAAGAUGCAAACACCUUUGAUGUUUUUAGGGGGUGUAGGGGGAUUGAUUUGCGGAUUGAACGAUAUGGAGAUCUCACGUCUGCUCGUAUGAGUCCACCACUUCAUCAGUUCCGGUUACAGCCUUGUGGGAAGGGAAAUGCUGAGAUGGAGUUUGAGUUACCGGAAAGAUUGGAUCUGGGGGUUUCGGAGACGGGGAUCGUUGGACGGCAGGUUACGGUCAUGGUGGAGGGUCAGUCGUCUAUGGGGAUUGGGAUGGGCAUUGUGGGAUAUGAUUGA